CCUCAGCCUUGCACUCAGCAGAAGCCACGCGCCUGCUCAUCGCCCCACCCAGGCACAGGCCCCAAGAACAGCCUCCUCCCUCCCUCCUCCCAAAAGCUGACAGCCCAGGGCACCCUGCAAAGGAAGCUGCCGAACUUGAAUACUGCUUUACCCACUUUUGCUUCACCCACCCGCCUGGCCUCAGCCAGACCCUCCCUGCUGCUCAUCCCCUUUGCUGCCACGAGAGCCCCACUGGAGCCUGAGCAAAACCAACAAGAGAAAACUCCAGAAGGACUUCAACAGCUUUCUAAGCCUGGAAGAUCAAUAAGUGUCCAGCAGCAACACCAGUGGUAAUCACUUCUGUGGGAUGUGACUAAAGCCAAAAGAAAGACUAUGAACGUGCUAAUGACAAGAGUAGAAAUGAUCGUCCCCUCAGUAAUCUUUGCUGCAGAAAUGCUCUUGGACAUUUUAGUGGAAAACUGAGGAGUCUGAAGUUUCCCUCAUUGCUUAGGCUGGAUCCCUCCUCAAUCCAUUCUAAGUAUCCCUGGUAGCAGCAGCCAGCUACAGAGGCUGAGACACCAGCUCUAAGUGACUGCAGUGAAGGUGUUUGUUCUCCCUUUCAUUUCAGUCGUCCCAGGGCCAUUUCACUCCCUAUCUCUGUGUCACUCAGUGCUGAGACGUGGGCAGUAGGCACCUCCACUCAUCCCCCAUCUCCAGAAGAUGGCUGCUCUUGUCGCUGAAAAUUUCCGCUUCCUCUCCUUGUUCUUCAAGAGCAAAGAUGUCAUGAUUUUUAAUGGCCUGGUGGCCCUGGGCACAGUGGGCAGCGAGGAGCUCUUCUCAGUUGUUGCCUUCCAUUGCCCAUGCUCCCCAGCCCGUAACUACAUCUACGGGCUGGCUGCCAUCGGUGUCCCAGCCCUGGCACUAUUCCUCAUCGGUGUCAUCUUGAACAACCACACCUGGAACGUAGUGGCUGAGUGCCACAAGCGUGGCACCAAGAACUUCUCCACUGCUGCUACCUUCCUCCUCUUCGGUUCCAUCAUGGGCCGGGCGGCCGUGGCACCCGUCACCUGGUCGGUCAUCUCUUUGCUGCGUGGGGAAGCUUACAUCUGUGCACUCAGCGAGUUUGUCAGGCCAUCCACCCUGGACAAGUUCCCAUCUGAGUUUGGGGCUGAAGUGCUGGCGAGGUUCCCCUGCAAAGAUGUGCCGGCAAACCUCACCAAGUUCAGGGAUGAGGUGACACGGAGGCUGAGAUAUGAGUCCCAGCUCUUUGGCUGGCUGCUCAUUGGGAUUGUUGCUGUCCUGGUUUUCCUCACCAAGUGUCUGAAGCACUGCUGCUCACCACUGAGCUACCGGCAGGAGGCCUACUGGGCCCAGUACCGCUCCAACGAAGACAAGCUCUUCCGCCGCACAGCUGAAGUCCACUCCAGGAUCCUGGCAGCAAAUAAUGUGAAGCAAUUCUUUGGAUUUGUGGCGCUUGACAAGGAGGAGAAGGAGCUGGUACAGGAGUUCCCAGUGGAGGGCGUCCAGCCAAGCCCCCAGUGGAACGCCAUCACGGGUGUCUACAUCUACCGGGAGAACAAGGGUUUCCCCCUCUACAGCCGGCUCCACAAAUGGGCAAAAGGGGUGGAAGGGAACGGGCCAACCCCAGAGGGUCACGAAAUGCUCUUCUUGGCUUCCUAAAACAGAUGGGUGCUGGGAGCAGUUCCCCAGUCUGCCUGGCAGGCCUAUCAGUAUUGGUGUGCAGCUCAUGGAUUUGCUGGGAAUAUUCCUGCCAGCAGGAUUACUACUCUCAGCAGGUAAAAAGGAAUCAACAGCCUCAAGGUAGAGGCUGAUAAGCAAUGCACUGAGCUGAGGAACCCCUCCCUUGGAGACAACCAUCUUGCUGGUGCUCCCAGAGGGAUAAGGGGAGCAGAGCAGAUGCACACCUUACCUCCAGGCUGCUGGUGAGCCCUGCUGUCUUAAGCACCAUCAGAAACCUCAGGGAAAAAGAGCUGGGAACAUUUCUAGCUCUGAUUCUUGCAGUCCCACCUUUCUCCCCUGUGGAAGGGUUAGUCUCAGCCAUUCUACGUAUCCACCUUUUUAUCAACACCAGUAUCUUCUUAUGCAGUUCUACAGCGCAUGUUACACUGACAGGCCCUGGAGCACAUUAUGGACUUCAGAGGGAAAGAAGGAAACAGUGAGUACAUUCCUAUAGCAACAAGGAUACAAUAGCAUCUGGGAAGGAGUUUGUCAGUACUACAUCAGCACACCAAAUAACUGAGAGACUAAGGCAAGAGGAAUUGACGAUAUUGUAGGCAUUCAGAAAGAUACUCUGUAAUUACCAAGUUGAAAUUUGGGUAGGACACUAAACUCCCUUUGUUCUUAUUGAAGCGUCUGGAAACCUCUAAUGAGCCCAAAUGGUCGCAGCCAUGAGAAUAUAACCCUGGAAGGUGACACCAUCAGCAGAAUAGCUUUCAGGCGAGGUGGCAUAGUGGAGGCUCAAAGGGAGAACAGCACUCACACUGAACCACAGCACUGUGUGCAGCUCAUUGCAUUGCUCAUCCACCACUGGAUGAGAGUCCUGCUUGUUUGUGUUGACAAGCUGGUACAAAACCCCAGCCAGAAUUACAUACAUAUAAUUAUAUGUAUAUACACACACAUAUAUAUGUAUAUAUAUAUUGUGUAUGUACACACAUAUGAUAUGUAUAUACAUAUACAUACAUACAUACAUACAUAUAUAUAUAUAUAUAUAUAUAUAUAUAUAAUUAUACUUUACUGUACUAACAGAGCAUAUUUCUUCCAGGGAAAGGGGGCAAGAAACUUGCCAGCCAAAAUACCACGUUACAUGCACUCAUCUGCUCUAUUGCUACUGCAUCAGAAGAGGCAGGACAAUGGAGUUUGGUUUUCCUACUUGUACAUUUUCUCUACAGACACAACUUCCACUUCCACUAUGCCAUUUACUGAAAAGCCUUGAACUGUUAAGAAACAAACAAAAAAAAGCUCACUGAACUCAGAGAAGCUUAAACACAAGAUUUGAAAUAAACUAUUAAAUGAGGGUUU